AUCAUCUUUUAGGUUCCUAUUUAACAAGCUUACAAAGAGUCACACAAUAGAUAGUAGCAAUUAAUUUAUUUUUGUUGAAAAAGAGAGAGAGCAAUUGUGCAAAGUGAUGGCUGCUGAUUGGGGUCCGGUGGUGAUAUCAGUGGUGCUAUUUGUUCUACUAAGUCCAGGGCUUCUGUUCCAGCUACCUGCUAAGGGAAGGGUGGUAGCUUUUGGAAGCAUGCAAACUAGUGGUAUCUCUAUCUUGGUCCAUACCAUCAUCUUCUUUGGACUCAUCACCAUUUUUCUACUUGCUAUUGGUGUCCAUAUCUACUCAGGAUAAUCAAAUCAAAUCAAAUCAUCCCCUAAAAAAAUGGCAUUAUUAAUUGUUUUUUUUCUAUCCUUGGUGUUUUCAUUUAUAUAUUCUUGUUUAAAUUAUGAGUUGUACUUUUACAAUAUGUAACUAAGGAUGACGGGUGGCUAUUGAUCUUCAA